AUGUUGAAGCCUUUCCAAAUCAGAGAUCUCCACCGGUCCUCACCAUCGUCAUCUCCAAAUGAGGCCGCAGAUCUAGACCGCCCCCUGUCUCCAACGAGACGCCGGGGUAUCGUGCAGCUGUCGGCGUCUCAAUAUGAUAAUCUAUCUUCCAGCCAUCCGCGAGCCCGCUUGACGUAUCUUGACGAAGAUGAUGGGGAGCUUAUCACGGUCGGUUCUUCUCUUGAGCUCUCACAGCGACUUGAGGAACCCGUUGAUGCAGAACUCGAUCCUAUCACAGCCGCCCAACCGGCCCUCGAACCUAUGCAUAUUUUUGACAUUCGACGGUCAAACUCAGUCACGGAGCUGUGGAAGAAAUUCGAAUGCAAGCAGGAAACACGGGAGACAAAGGAUAUGAAUGAUGCGACAACCGAGUCCACACCUGCAGAACCCUCCGCAUCAACCACCCACCAGACAGCAGAAGGCUCAGAUUCUCCACAGAGAGAUGCUCACGCAGCUGAUAUCGAGGAGUCCGAAUCGCUCCUGGCUGCAUUCGAGGCUGAGAUGGCCAAGUUUCUCAGUGCUUCUCGGCCUGCAACUGGUCCUACACCCCCCGCAGAAUCCUCCUCCUCCUCGUCGCAGUCAAACUCAGAGUCAAGAUCGGCCAGGCCUCAGAAUGCAGCCGAAGCAUUUACUCACGCAAUGCAUAGUUUGAUUGACGGGGCUGAGUUGCUCAGCUCUGGGUUAAUGUCAAGAUUGCCUGAGAUUGAGAGACAACUGCAAAACGUUCAGAGGGCCAUACCUGAAAAUGUUGGGGCCUCCGUGCAGGGAGCUCUUGCAGCCGUAGAAGCGCAGCUCAGACAAGUGACUAAUUCCCCAAAUAACUCUCCAGCAGUGACUGCACAGGCGGCCCACAUAUUAGAGGGCGAGCUUCCCACGGCCACGAGCACAGUGGAAAGCCUGCGCUCCAUGGCGUCCGAACUUGGCAACGUUGGCCAUACAUUGUUUGAGGCAUUCGAGACAGAGCUUGGCUGCAAUCGGACCAGGCCACAUGAGCAAUCUUCUGCUACAUCCACAGAGCACCGGAGCUCGGAUGAUCUGGUAUCAGACAGGAAUCCCGAAUUCACGCAAGCCCGUAGCACGGAGACCAGUCUUGAAACAACAGACUCAACUAAGGGCCUCGAAACAGAGAAAUCAACUACGAAAGAGGAAAACGAGGCAAAGGAUGCCGGGUUGCAGGAAAGUGCGGCUCAGUCUAGGAUGUCUAGCAAUUUCGACUCCAGUGAUCCGAUCUCAGAGCCGUCUCGUCGUCAGACUCAACCCAUCCGCUUCCCCAAUGUCCAGCCUCCUAUGCAGCCCAUGCAUCAUUCCCGACGCCGCCCUCACCCUUACCCACCUCCGGCUCCUUAUUCUCAUCACCAUCCACGCGCACCUCCCUUUCCUCCUUUUUUCCAUCAUCCGCCACCUCCGCACUGGCAAUUACCUCCAGGAGUCCCUCCAUCAUGGCCAUUCUCAACACUACCGGACCUCCGCAAUGGCUACCCCUCUGCACCCCCUCCACCACCACCACCACCUCACUUUCAUUUGAACCAUCAUCCUUUAGACUUGCGGUCACACUUACAUCGAGGAAGACACCAAGGCCGAUACCCAGUCGGGCCCACGAACUUCUCGGAUGUGCCGGCUGACAAUGAUAUGGGCUCCACGGAUGUCCCUCCCGCCGCUUGUCAACCGCGUGGAGUGCGACCCUCCGAAGAGGGUACCGCAUUGUUCAUUGGUAAUGUAGGCUUUGACGUCAGUGAAAAGAUGAUUACCGACGUUUUUGCCUCCAAAGGAUUUUUGGUUGACGUCCACCUCCCCCAAGAAUCUGAAACUGGGAAACAUGCUGGAUUUGGAUACCUACAGUUCCCAACAGUACAUGCAGCAAAGGCAGCUUUGGAUGCUCUACAGGGAGAACAUAUUGACGGACAUGCCAUCAACCUGGAGUUCAGUGACCAUUCGCCCAUUCUCGGGUUACGACCACAGAAAUCUCAGUCGCAACCUGAAUCAAAUCAGCCAGUGGCCAGUGCUACUUCCCCUACAAAACGGCCAUCAGAGCUUCAGGGUUCCGUGGCGUCACCUGCGAGGCACAGUGUCGACGAGGCUUCCGCGAAGCGCGCGGUGCCCCUGACGGUGGCGGACCUGUGCUCCAGCGAUAAUCGCAAGCGAGGCGAUGUGGUGUCCUCCCUGAAUGGCCUGGAAAUCUCAUCAGAUGAUGAUGCUGAUCAGCUCAACAUCCUUUAUCCAUCACUCCUCCCUGAGGGUUCUCCGCAGUCAUCAAGGUCGAACAGCAUCCCAUCAACUUUGUCAGAUUUGACUGCAGAGGUCGAGCAGCGUCGCUUCCCACCGAUUUCGCAGCUAGAAGCGCAGUUCCGUGCUAUGCAAUGUCAUCAGACCGCGCCGGCUCAGAGUAAAACCCCAGACGACGGCCCCAAAAGUCUGGAUGCUGGAUUAACAUCUUCAUCGUCGUCGUCGACCAUUCCGGGUACAUUUCCGAAAACCAGCGGCGAUGCUGCUAAGCCGGUAGAGAUCCCUUCCUCAAGUCACCAUGUGCCAGACGAGCUUGAGAGUCAGGUUGGGCCUCGUCGCCAUAGUCGACGCUCGAGAUCUAUGAAGCAUCCUCACUCAUCCUGGAAGGGUCAUGGUGUAGGUUCUGGCCAAGUAGAGCCCGGGCCGUCUCACAAUUCCUUUGGCCGCCCAAGGCCAGGCUUUAGUCACCGUGCUAGACAUCACCGAGAGCCCGAAGGCUCCUCUAGCCAGCCACAGCUGACUCCAACCAUGCGGCAAACCAGCAUUGAUGCAUGCGUGGCUACACUGGUUGAUUUGGGUUAUGGUGGUGCAAGCGAUGGCGGUCUGCAGCGUAUCGCAGUGUAUGCUGCAGCUGCAGAUGCUAAUGUGCUUGACGCUAUUGACAUGAUCGAAGAGGAACGGAAAGCCUAUGAGCAGCAGGGAUCCUCCAUGUGA